AUGGCAGAACCUCGACACCCCGACGUGCCAUUGCACGUUGGCAGUAAGGAGCAAGAGGCGAAGAUUCGGGAUCUAGAGCACGACCGCGAUUCCUCGCAGCAACAAGAAGAGACCAUCGACAAGGAGGCUCAAGCCGGUGUUCGCAAUGUCGAAGCCAUCGCCACGGUCUGGUCCAAGACGACUCUGAUCAUCGCCUAUGUCUUGAUCUGGAUCGUGUACUUUGUCAUGCUGAUGCAGCAAAUGUCAUCGGCAUCACUGACACCCUUCGUCACCUCGGCCUUCCAGCUUCACUCGCUGACACCGACCGUUGGAAUCAUCAGCACGGUGGCAGGAGGAGUCUGCAUCCUCACGAUUGCCAAGGUCCUUGACGUCUUUGGCCGCCCGCAAGGCUACGCCGUUUCGCUCGUCAUCACAACAAUUGGCCUCAUCAUGAUGGCAGCAACCAACAGCGUCGAGAUGUACGCGGCGGCACAGGUUUUCUGGACCGUCGGAACCAACUCGCUACUCUACACCGUCAACAUCAUCGUCGCCGAUACCUCGUCCCUGCGCAACCGUGCGCUCAUGACGGCCCUGACGGCAUCACCCAAUAUUAUAACCAUCUGGCUAGGAGGUCCCAUCUCGGAAGGCUUCCUCAAUGGCCCUGGCUGGCGCUGGGCCUAUGGCAUGUUCUCCAUUAUCGUGCCCGUCAUCUGUGCGCCCCUGCUUGCCCUGCUGCUCGUCAACCUCUCCAAGGCCAAGAAGCAGGGAGUCAUCGUUUCGGAAAAGGAGAAGCGAUCGCCUAUUACAUCCGUUCUUUAUUAUGCACGCGAAUUCGACGCUGUCGGCCUUCUCCUGCUCACGGUUGGCUUGUCCAUGUUCCUGCUGUCUUUCAACCUCUACGGCUUCCAGCCCCUGCAAUGGCGCUCGCCUCUGAUCAUCUGCCUGUUGGUCUUUGGCGUGCUCCUCGUCGUGCUUUUCGCGUUGUGGGAGAAGUUCCUGGCUCCCGUCACAUUCAUCCCUUACUCACUGCUUCUCGACCGUAACAUGGUCGGCGCAUGUGUGCUCGGCACCACGUUGUUCAUCAGCUUCUUCUGCUGGAACAGCUUCUUCACCUCGUACCUCAUGGUUGUCCACGACCUGAGCGUGACCAAGGCCAGCUACGUCUACCAGAUCUACGGUCUCGGCGGCAGUCUGUUCUCCAUUGCCACCGGCGUGGCCAUUCGGUACACGGGACGCUUCAAGGCCAUUACGCUUUACGGUGCCAUUCCCGUGUAUGUGCUCUUCAUGGGCCUCAUGAUCCACUUCCGGGAUGCUAAGUCAUCCAACCUCGGCCUUAUCAUUAUGUCCCAGGUAUUUUUGUCGGCCGCCGGUGGCAUCAUGCUCAUCACGCCGCAGAUCGCCGCCGUCUCGGCGUCGAACCACCAGAACGUCGCUGUCGUCAUGGCCGUCCUGUCAAUGUUCUCGGCCGUCGGUGGUGCCGUGGGCCUCACCGUCGCCGGAACCAUUUGGCAGAACGUUUUUCCUGUCAAGCUUGCUGAGUACCUCCCCCUUGAGGCGCAGCCGGAACUAUUCAACAUUUACGCCAUGCUCGAGGCGCAGCUCAUGUACCCGGAUGGAACGCCAACCCGUAUCGCCAUUCAGAAGGCGUACGCCGAUGCGCAGUCGAUGAUGUUGACCGGAGGUACAGCGGUCUGGGUGCUUGCCGUUGUUGGUGUGGCCAUUUGGAGGAACACGGAUGUGAGGACCAUGAAGCAGGUGAAGGGCAAUGUCAUCUAG